AUGUCGGGCCGCAUCCUCGAGCACGACUUCGCGAGCGUAGUCCGGCGGCUGAACAUGCUGCCGGAGAACCAGGUCUGCGCGGAUUGCCCCACGCGGAACCCCGACUGGGCGUCCGUCAAGCACGGCAUCUUCAUCUGCCUCAACUGCUCCGGCAUCCAUCGCUCGCUGGGCGUGCACGUGUCGUUCGUGCGGUCCGCGACGAUGGACACGUGGACGCAGGCGGAAGCGCGCAUGAUGGAGAAGGGCGGGAACAACAGGCAACGAAAGUUCUUCGACAAGUACGGCCUUCACAACGGCACGCCCCACAGGGAGAAGUACAAUCACCAGAUCGCGGAGGCGUACCGCGGCAAGCUCAAGGCGGAAGCG